GGGAAGGUGGGGGGAUCUGAGGAGGGGUUGGUGGUGGCAAGGGGGAGGGUCCGGGAUGACGUCGGGAGGGGGUCGGCUUCCGACGUGGAAGGAGAGGGAGAACAACAAGCGGCGGGAGCGGCGCCGAAGGGCGAUCGCCGCCAAGAUCUUCACUGGGCUGCGGACGCUUGGCAACUACAAGCUGCCGAAACACUGCGACAACAACGAGGUCCUCAAGGCCCUCUGCCGCGAGGCCGGGUGGGAAGUCGAAGAUGAUGGCACUACCUACCGAAAGGGAUUCCACCCGCCACCACCGGAGGCUGCAGCAGGAGGCCUUUCGACGAACAUAAGCCCACUGUCGUCUUCGUUCCCGAGUCCUGUCCCGUCCUACCAUGCAAGCCCAUCCUCCUCCUCUUUCCCGAGCCCUAGCCGCCUCGAUAACUCUAACGACCAUUCUGUCAGACCCUCUUGCCUCCUCCCCUUCCUCCGCAAUCUGUCCACCCUUCCGCCUCUUCGAAUCUCUAACAGCGCACCCAUUACGCCGCCCAUCUCCUCCCCGACCGCCUCCCGCCCACCUAAGAUUAGGAAACCGGACUGGGACUACAGUUCAUUCCCCCAUGCUCUGUUCGCUGCCUCUGCUCCUGCUAGCCCGACCCGAGGCUGCCUUCACGGGCAACAACCCUCGACAAUACCUGAAUGUGAUGAAUCUGAUGCCUCCAGUGUUGGUUCUGGCCGCAGGAUCAACUUCCAGAUGACAGCUCCAGCAUCGCCGACCUACAACCUCGUCAACCCGGGUGCCAUGUCAAGUUUUCCAGGAGGAGAGGUGCUAGAGAAGGGGCGAGGGGGCAUGGAGUUCGACUUCGAGAGUGGUAGGGUGAAAGCUUGGGAGGGGGAGAGGAUCCAUGACGUUGGACUGGAUGAACUUGAGCUCACAUUGCGACUUGGAAUCAUGGCGCCCAAGUGAAAGUGAAUGUGAAAGUGCUUGAGCUAUCUUUUGGCUUCUUGAUGUGAAGUUUGUAAUCUCGUACUGAUGCACUAAGCCUACUUAAGCAGAAAUCUUGAUGGUUUGUUCUCUUUCAA